GUCCUUUCGCAAGAGUCAUCAGCUUCCUGGGUUCAUGGAGAUACUGGACAUUCCAUCGAUGACCCAGUCUCUACCGACCAGUUUCCUUCAUCUUGUGCCUAACACGCACUACCCCGACAGUGAUAAAUGAGGCACGCUCCAUGAUCCCGAAAUGCUAACCUCCCCCUCUGCUGCUUCUCCUCUUCUAGUCGGUCUUAUAGGCUAUGAUGGUCUUCAAGCACAGCAACCCGAUUGGCAGCCACCCCGCAAAAAGGCACCCUCGGGAAUUUGAUAUUCAUAAUGCGGGGGACGAGCUGAGGCUGGCCGUGCUGCACUUGUAUAGCAUGCCGCUGUUGGUAAUGAGUUGAUGAUGUUCUCUUGGUUGGCUAUAUUGUCGUUUCCCUUAUUGUUGCUCCUUGCUUCGAGUGUUACUACUGCAUUCAGGGACACCCAAAAUGUCCACUACCAACGGAACCAAUGGCCAUGCGAAUGGCACUUCCCACAAUGCUCUUUGCACCAUCGAGGAGCUCGUUUCUCAGACUUACGAUUUCGUCAUAGUUGGUGCUGGAACAGCAGGCCUGUGUAUUGCCGCCCGCUUGACAGAAGAUCCGACCAUUACAGUGGCUGUUCUGGAAGCUGGACAGAAUCGAAUGGAUGAUCCAAAGGUUUCAACUCCAGCACUUUAUCCGACCUUGAUUGGCAGAGAGGAGUACGACUGGUGCAUGACUAGCAUCCCACAGCCAAAUGCCGGCAACAAGAUUUACUCAAUGCCACGUGGCAAAGUCCUCGGAGGAAGCAGUGCAAUCAACUACCUCAUGUAUGUGAGAGGAAGUCGUGGUGACCUAGACGGCUGGGAGUCCAUGGGCAAUCCAGGCUGGGGUUGGGAAGGUUUAGCUCCAUACUUCGUCAAACACCAGACUCUUGACAAGUCCCCUGUACACGAUGAUCCUCAGUUCAUGCCUGCCGCAGGCGGCGACAAGUUCCACGGCAACAAAGGUCCUAUUCACACCAGCUUCAAUGACUGGUACUCGCCUUUCGAGGUGGACUUUGUUGAAGCAGCGCACGCUGUGACCGGCACUUCAAAGACCAUUCAUGAUGCAUGGAGUGGCGACCACAUGGGCUUUUACUCUAGCCUGGGAGCUGUGAAUCGGACCGACGAUCCAGGUAAACGAUCUUAUGCCGCUACAGGCUAUUUACGACCCAUUCUUCAUAGGCCCAACCUCAAAGUCCUGACCGAAGCACAAGCUACGCGGAUUUUACUCGACGGCACCACUGCCAAAGGAGUCGAGUUUGUCCACAAUGGUCAGAAGCACACCGUGCAUGCUACUCGCGAAGUGAUAUUAUGUGCUGGCGUUAUUCAAAGUCCGCAGCUUCUCGAGCUGUCCGGCAUCGGAGAUCCCGUUGUCCUGAGAGCCGCAGGGGUCGAGUGCGUAGUCGAGAACAAGGGCGUCGGAGCAAAUUUCCAGGACCAUGUUCUAGGAGGGCUACUAUACUAUCUGAAGCCAGGUAUCACAUCACUUGAUGCCCUUCAUGGAGAAGAAUUUAUGAAGAUGCAACAAGAUGUCUACGAGCAGACAGCAAAGGGCCCUUACGCCUCUCCCGGCAUGAUGAUGGGCUUCGUCUCAUACGCAUCGCUCGUGGCGCCGGAAGAAUUGGAGACCACAAUCAAGGAGAUCAAGCAGAAAUCUCUAGCAAAGACAGACUUUGAAAAGGCCCAAGAAAAGGUCAUCGUCGAUCAAUUAAGCGACCCUCAGUUCGCAAAUCUCCAAACUUUCUGCAUUGGCUGCCGGCUUGACGUCGCCAAAGGCUCCGACCAAACGCAAUUCUUCUCGGCGCCGCCUGAGGGCAGACAGCAAAUCUCCCUGCUGAUGUGCCUCGAGCACCCCUUAUCCCGUGGUACCGUACACGUCAAGUCCUCUGACCCCCUGGCACCACCGGAGAUCGACCCAGGCUAUUUCCGUAACGAAGUCGACGCGAAGGUCCUUGCCGCUGGCAUGGCCUGGAUGGACCGCGUCGCUAGACACCCUACUCUUGCCAAAUCUUUGGACGAGCGCGAAUUGCCACCCCCAGAUGCCAGUCUGGAUAAGGAGGAAGAGCGCGUCGAAUAUGUCAAGAACCAUAUCAGCACGCAGUACCAUUUGAUUGGGACAUGUGCGCUUGGUGAAGUCGUGGACAAUGAGUUGAGGGUCAAGGGCGUACAGGGCUUGCGCGUCGUCGAUGCUUCGAUCUUCCCUGGACAUAUCAGCGGAAACAUCAUGGCUACCACGUACGCUGUGGCCGAAAAGGGUGCCGACAUCAUCAAGGCUUCCAUCAAGAUUGCAACGUCAGACUCAGCUGUCAUUAGCUUAAAAUGAUGAUUUGUUGUUCUUCAAGGCCGUUGACCUCCCUCUCUUGCCAAGGUUGGUCGCCUAAUCGGCUAACCGUACAUUUUGCGUCGUCUCGUCCAAACU